AUGAAAUCACCUUCAGCUUUGUACAAUUCACCAGAUAUCACAGAGAAAUCGUUCUCCGUGAAGGAAAGUGAAUCCAGAUAUAGAACCACCAAUGGUAAAACAACAGGACCUAGUACAUAUGUAUUAAAUGCUGGACAGGUAGAUAUUGACAAACCGUCUGAUCCUAAGAUAGAUCAUGUCACACAACAACCUACAGCAUUGAGUAAGCUUCGGAUGGAAUUGACUGGGAUACAAGAUGAUAUCAAUGAAUUCUUAACGGAACGUAUGGAAGUGGCCAAGAAUAAGAAACUUAAGACACAAAAUUCUUUAGAAGAAAAACGUAUUGAAAAUGAAAUCAAUGAACUCCUCGACGGUGGUGAUGGUGACAAUGAUGAUGAAGAGGAAAAGAAAGAAGCACACGCUAAAUGA